AACCUGCUAUUCGGUCGGCUUGGCGUUUUGUCACCUACUGGUUAUUGCAGACCAUUUGAUUCAGCUGCUAACGGUUAUUCGCGUAGUGAAACAGUGGCAGUGAUAUACCUUCAAAAAGCGAAAAAUGCAAAGAGGAUUUAUGCCAUAUGUCCGCAUAUUAAACUAAAUAGUGAUGGUUACAAAGAAGAAGGAAUAACAUAUCCUUCAUCACAAAUGCAAUAUACCUUACUAAAGGAAUUUUACGAAGAGUGCAAAAUACCGACAUCUUGUUUGGAUUACGUCGAAGCACAUGGUACCGCUACCAUAGCUGGCGAUCCUCCAGAAAUUAAUGCUAUCUAUAAUGCUUUUUGUAAAAAUAGAGAAACUCCAUUCAUGGUUGGCUCUGUAAAAUCCAAUCUCGGUCAUACUGAACCCGCAAGUGGUUUCAAUCAGAUCGCUAAGGUGAAACAAAUAGCUUCCGUUUCCAUCU